AUGGCACCCAGGUACAAGGAUGGAGAUGCCGUGGUCGCCGUGAGCGGUAAAUGGAUAUCAUGGGCCCAUACAGCCUUUGCCUAUGCGGCGUUCCUCAGCGCGUUGAUGGUCGGAGUCGCCCUGCAUUACCACAAGAUCGUGCAAAAUGAACACUACGGCUACCCCGACGAAUGGUUCCCCUCCGUGUCCGCUACAAUCGGCGAUCGAUACCCCGAACGAUCCUUCUUCCAGGUGUUUAUUGCGAUCACUUCCGGUCCUCGCUUCGCGCUGGUGUUCCUGUGGUACAUUCUCACUGCGCGCCCCAACUCCAGCCUGCCCAAGGUGGUUGCGGGCGUCGGUAUCUUUCGGACCUUGACGUGCGGUGGCUGGACAUAUGUCACCUCGACCGAUGACCACGACUGGCAUGACAUCUUUAUGAUCUCGUAUCUGGUCGCGACUUUGCCCUGGACUCUGGGCUGCCUUGCGCUCAGCCCGAACAACCGCCGUGCCGUCAAGUACCGCAAGAUCAUGGCCAGCUUGUUUUUUGGAACCUUGGUGCCAUUGAUCUACUUCUUCAUUCAGCACAAGGUGCACAAGGUCGCUGGUGCCUACACCAAAUACGCCUUCUUCGAGUGGUCCCUGAUUUUGUUUGACGUGGGCUUCGAUGCCAUCACCGCCCUCGACUUUGAGAGCUUCGAACUCGUCAUCAGGGAUGUCAAGGGCGUCAGCAGAGGGCAGUUGAAGACGACUGCGGACUCUGUCCUCGAAAAAGAGAAGGGCAAACCUGUGGGCAACACGUUCGGCGAGGGCUUCUUCUGGACUGAGAUCAUCGAUGCCGCUGCUGAUGUCUAUAAUGGGUUUGUCUUCUGGACUAUUGUGACCGCUCUUCCUGUGCUUGUUUGGUACUUCCCUCUGUGGCAUAUGGGUAUCUCUGGUUACGAGGUCGCCAUCACGGCUUGCACUUCUCCUUUGCUCUUCGCCAUCCCGUCCUUGAGAUAUGCUGCCGUGAAAAACUUGCGACUGCUUCACCUGCUCUCGGUGGUUGGCUUGCUUGCUUAUAGGUUCCAAGACCCUGCCAACCGCCUCUUCGUGACGAGCUUUGCUCUUUUUACCACCUGUGCCGCGUGGACUGCCGGCUUCUUUGCCGAGAGGGCGAACACACCCCGUCUGGAGACUCGUAUCAUGGCAUGGGGAAUUGGUUUGAUCAUGUCCGUUGUUGCCAAGUUUGCAUGCAAGACCAACAACCCGCUCUGGCCUAUUGUUCACGCUGAGAAUGGCGGCUGGAACAAGCUCGGGCUUUUUAUCGCGAUCUUCGCCGUCUUGAGGUCCCAACGAGGCUCGACUACCAGCGGCGGCGACUAUUUGCCCGCGAGCGCCAAGAAGGGCUCGUCGGUCCUGGCUGCCUUUGGGUUCGGGGGUUUGGUCUUCGCGAUCGUUUCGCUGUUGACUGAUUCCAGCACCAUGAUUUCAUGGGUGUGGGAUGGAUACCCUGUGCGCGGUCCCAUUGCCGUACCCCAUGGUGCCGUGACAAUCUUCGUCAUGGGUGCCGGCCUGGUGUACGGUGUGUUCCACCCUGCGGUGGCCGGAAGCUGGACUGCCUUUGGUAUCGGCGCCAUUGGAGCUACUCUUCUCACUUGCUACCACCACUGGACCGGAUACUAUGGCGCCCUUACCUUUGCGUUUUACAUCAUGGCCGUCGCCCCGGUCUUGGUGACCUCUUGUGUCCGUCAUUCGCCUGCGACGACUUUCGGUCUUGGUUUCUUCGUCUAUGUUUUCUUCACUCUCUUCCACGUCUGGGUUGUCGCCUAUGCGUUUGUGCCGGGCGGACCGCUGGUUCGCGAGCACACGGAUUGGGUCAUGAUCACAACCAUGCUUGCCAUUGGUGCGGGUGUCUUUUCGGCCGCCACGUCGAACUCGACUCGUUCCCGCAACAAGCCCAUUAGCCCCAAUAGCAAGAGGCAACGGUCGUACUAUGUUUAUGUCCUUGCUGCGCUGCAGCUGCUUUCCAUCUCGGUGGCCUACCUGCGCUUCCCGACCAACGACUACACGCCCUAUCACAAGGAUGACAAGGUUGUGACGGCCGGUAUCUGGACUGUCCACUUCGGACUGGACAACAACAUGUGGUCGUCGGAGCGCCGCAUGCGCGAUGUCAUCGCCGAGCUCGAGCUGGAUGUCAUCGGCUUCCUCGAAUCCGACAACCAACGCAUCAUCAUGGGCAACAAAGAUAUCACCCAAUUCAUUGCUGAGGACCUCGGCUACUACGCGGACUUUGGCCCCGGUCCCAACAAGCACACCUGGGGCGCUGGACUGCUGUCCAAGUUCCCCAUCGUCAAGUCCACCCACCAUCUCCUCCCCUCGCCCGUCGGCGAGCUGGCCCCCGCCAUCCAUGCCACUCUCGACAUGUACGGCGAGUUGGUCGAUGUGGUCGUCUUUCACUCCGGCCAGGAAGAAGACCCCGAGGACCGUCGCCUCCAGUCCGAGUAUCUGUCGAAAUUAAUGGGUAAUUCCCCGCGGCCCCUGAUUCUGCUCAGCUACCUGGUCACCAAGCCUCUCGAAGGCAACUACAACACCUACGUCAGCGACGUGAGUGGAAUGAAGGAUAUCGACCCCACCGACUGGGACCGCUGGUGUGAGUACGUUCUCUACAAGAAUGUCAAGCGGACCGGCUAUGCCAGAAUCAGUCGCGACACCAUCACAGAUACGGAAAUCCAGGUUGGCAAAUUCGUCAUCGGCGAGCCCGAGCCCGAGAACGAAAUGCGCAUCCCCGAGGAAAUGGUCCCCGCUGGACGCCGGUUCCCUGCUCUGUUCCGUGGCCAGGGAGUGCGUGGUCACCGAUACCACGUCUUCGACGAGCCUCGGUACUGGCAAUAG